CUCUGUCAAGAAAACGUGCACAGCAAUGGAUGGCAAAUCUGUUGCUGUCACUUUGGUUCUCUACUUGGUCUUAAUGGCAGGGUCAGAAGGUAAGGCCCUGGAGAAGACAGAUGGAGGAGGCUCCCAAUGCCAGUGCAUAAGCACUCAUUCCAAGUUCAUCCCUCCCAAGAGUAUUCAGGAUGUAAGAUUAAGCCAAAGAGGACCUCUCUGCAAACAUGUGGAAAUCAUAGCUACGCUGAGAGAUGGCCGGGAAGUGUGCGUGGAGCCCGCUGCGCCCUGGGUCCGGCUCGCUGUGAGGGCUCUGCUGGCCAGGGCCAGGGACACUGUUGAGUCACCAGUUAAAGAAAAGUCAAGGAAGAAUAAACUUUGGAUUUCUGCAAGGUCAUGAAAUGAGAGAAAACAUUGCUGCUGAGAACACCAUGAUUUCUGAUGAGAAUGGCCCCUCUGCUACAUCACUACAGCUGAUUAUUUUUCUUUCCCUGAGAUGGUUGCUGAUUCAUGUCAUUUUCUUUGCUGUCACUCUGUCUAAACUUCUGUCUGUGGUAGAUCAAGGAGUUCAAUGUUAAUGAAAGUGUUUAAGUGUUGUAAGGAUGAGA